GCAGCGGUGACGGCUGGAUGAGACAGUCAGAGGCGGAGUGCUUCUUCUUCGAGACUCUACUUACAUACCGAGGUUUCAAGCUGCAGUCUUUUUCGGCCCGGCAGCUGACUGUAACGGUCGUGUACAUCAGUCCGAGGGAACCUGCAGCGGCAGGAGGAGGAGACGGGCAGCGGGCACCCCUGCGAUGAGAAACCAAUAAAAAGCUAGUGGAUAGCUGAAGAGGAACGACAUCGCAGGCAAGCCGCGGUGUAGGAGACUGAGUUUGGCGAGACCAAGCACCACUAGAAGGAGGAGGAAUCAUAGGGAGAGUGUAGAUUCUUGAUCAGAAGAGAAGGGUCUAUUAUCGAUAAGCUCUGCAGCAGACAUGGCAGACCCAGAUCUUGACUUCCAGACUGGUGAUGCUGGUGCAUCCGCCACCUACCCCAUACAGUGCUCAGCUCUGCGCAAGAACGGCUUUGUCGUCCUCAAAGGUCGACCUUGCAAAAUAGUUGAGAUGUCCACCUCCAAGACUGGCAAGCACGGCCAUGCCAAGGUCCACCUGGUUGGUAUUGACAUCUUCUCUGGAAAGAAGUAUGAAGAUAUCUGUCCCUCCACCCAUAACAUGGAUGUCCCCAACGUCAAGAGAUCAGAGUACCAGCUGAUUGGAAUCCUGGAUGGCUACCUGUCCCUGCUUCAGGACAGCGGCGAGGUGAGAGAUGACCUGAAGAUCCCAGAAGGAGACCUGGGCAAAGAGAUUGAGACCAAGUUCGACAAUGGAGAUGAAAUCCUGAUCACUGUUCUAAAUGCAAUGGAUGAAGAAGCAGCCAUUGGCAUCAAGAGUAGUAGUAAAUAAGUCAUUGCAGGUAAAUACAGAGCUACUGCUGACUCCCCACUCCCAAGUACUACCUGACCCAAACCUGCCUAGGGAGUGUAAAAAAUAUGUACCAGUGUGUGUGUGUGUGUGUGUGUGUGUCUGUGUUGUGCCUGCCAUUGUGUGCCAUCUCUGUGCAUUCCAAGUUCAUUUGUGGGGGCACACCAUUUAACCACUUUGUCACUUUAUGGUUUUGUGUCUGGAGCGCCGCUUGAAUGUUGGAGAAAUAAAACAGUCUUCUUUGGCUUUGUUACGCAUAUCCACGCUUACUAAGACCAUGUGUUAUGUAUGAAGGGGAUGAUGAUGAUGAUGCUGUAAGUGACUGCCUUCAGGGGUUAAAAUGGGCACAAUGAUCCGGAACAGGUUUCCACCUCGACAGUGACACACAGUGGGCUAAUUGAGCUGUGUUCUAACAAGAGGUCAUUUCACCUUUAAAAUGCUUACAUGAAGCAUUAGCUACUAAGCAUCAGCUACCAUACAAUGCAACGCAAUACGUAACAGUGACAAGUUUGUCUCAGGUCGAUCCUUCGGCGAGACAUGAAGGAAAUGUCUUUCUAGUGGCUACAAGUUCUGAUUAUCUCGUCCCCUUAUUUAUGACUGGUCAUUACGUGUUUGCACUUGCACUACACUAGUCUUUGAAUGGGGAUCUGAUGUUUGUAGUUAUACACUGCUGAGUGAUUGCUCUGUAAUGAGUACAUCACAACUGGUUGUUAAUCUGACAACACUGUGGUUAUUGUAAAUCAUAAAGAGAUAAUAAAUGCUAUUUUACUGUAUGAUGAGUCAAAGUUCAGUCUCGUCUGUCACCGUCGAAAACUAUUUCAACAGUGUGGUGUUAACCAAGCGUUGAUCAAGGAGGGUGUGUGGAGAAAGGUGUAGCUGUGUUAACCAAGUUCCAGCUCUGCAAAGGUUGAUAGAAGUAGAUCAUGAACCAAGUUCUCAAUUGUCGAGUCAGCACUUUUUUUGUCAAGUGUCAAUCUCUCUGCCUCUUUAACCCCUGAAGAACAUCACUUCUAGCAAGACUGCGCUCCCAUGGCUUUGCCUUCCUGCUCCCCAAUGUUGUGUACUCAUGUUCAAACUGUUAGGGGCACGUGCAUACGUCUGAUGUGCCAAGCACUUUUGUUUCUGGUUGGACUGUUGGAACUGUAGCACUUCAUUUUACAGCCUGAUUCGAUAUAGCCAUAUACUGAUACAUGCACUUUUCUAAAAGAAUCCGCCUCUAUUUUCUUCUGUUGUGUCUGUUCUCCCGUCAAACAGUGGGCUGUAGAAUAAAGUGUCCACAGAAA